AUGAGCAUGAGGUAUAGAAACAGUGUAAAGAAUGCUUGUCGUUUUCCAGGAGCAGAUACUUAUUCCGAUCAUAAUGUAGUUGUGAUUUUCUUGAAGAAAGUUGGAAAGAGAAGGAAAAGAGGUAAAUGGGACUUAGAAAAUAUGGAGAAAAAAGUUGAGAGUCUUAGAAUAAACAAAAAGGGGGUAUAUGAUGACUGUAAAAGUCCAAAGCUAUUAGACAACGAAAUUAAGGCAUCACUAAAGGAUUCAAAGAAUAGAAACGCAGGAGGAGUGGAAGGUAUACCAACAGAGUUUUGGAAGAACUUGGGCGAGGAAGGAGCGUUAGAGCUAGUUGAUAUAUGCAAGGUAAUUUAUGAAGAUGUCUGGCCAGCAGAAUUCACAAAGGCAGUCAUGGUACCUUUGCCAAAGAAAGUGAAUGCAACUACAUGCGGGGAAUACAUUACCAUCAGGCUAAUAUCGCAUGCGUCAAAGACCUUACUUAGGGUACUGUAUAACAGAUUAGAAGGAAAGGGUAGAUAUCACAUCUACAAAACACAGUUUUCUUUUGAGAGAGAAUGUGGUACCAGAGAUGCAGUCGGAGUCAUGCGUAUUCUCUCUGAAAAGGUAUUAGAACAUGGAGAUGAACUCUGUCUAUAA